AUGUCGGCAGCGCAAACCGUCCAAAUCCUCAGCGCAGCCACGGCGCUCAUAGCAUCCGGCGGCAUAGCAACCCUCACCUUCUUCGACGUGCCUCUCCUGAAAUCACAACCCGCGUCCCGCUCCCUCCCCAUGACACGCUGGCUCUUCUCCCGGGGCUCGCACGUCUUCCCCACUGCCGCCGCAGCCUCCACAGCUGGCUUCCUCUACCUCACCUACACCACUCUACCCAGCUCCUCCCUCUCCUCAUUCUCCUCCCUCGCCUCCGCCGCCCUACGCGGCCAACCCGGCCUCUACCUCCUCGCCGCCGCGCUCUCAAUCAGCAUCGCGCCAUGGACGACGCUAGUCAUGGUGCCCACGAACUUUGCGCUCAUCGAAAAGAACGAGGAGUUGGGCGGUAGUCGCAGUACCAAGUCUGCAAGGUAUCGCCGCCAGAAUGGGGAGAAGGCGGGGGAAAAGAGCGCGGAGGAGAGUGUGGAGGGGGAGGGCGAUGUUAGUCAGUGGAGGGAUUUGAGUGGGCCGAUGGAGAAGACGGAGAAGGAGAGUAGUGAGGAGAUGGAUGAGGUGGUGGAUGGUUUGUUGGAAAAGUUUGCGAAGUUGAAUUUGGCAAGGGCUGUUAUGAUUGGGGCUGGGGGUGUGGUUGGCUUGGUCGCAGGCAUGGUCUAG